AUGGCAUCGUACAGAAUGGAACCCUGGUAUCUGGUCGAUGCGUCCGGCCAAACCCUGGACGGCCUGGCACCUUGCAUGGCCCACGAGGAACUCCAUCCGAGCUACCUUGCAGAAGCCGGGCAACCGUUUGUGAUGCAAGGCGAUCUCGAUCCUGGGAUGAUGGACCAUCUGGGCUGGCAUCAGAGCGAGCUUGCUGCGAAGGUGGGCGGGCCCCAGCGGUAUCCGCAGUCGUGGGUGGAGGCGGGCCUGACGAUCCACCCCACCGGCCACAAGUUGGACGAUUCGAGUGCGCGCUAUCACCAACCGUAUGUGGAGUCGCCGCGCUCGGACGACGCGGAGCGACAGCGAUGGAUUGCCCUGAUGGCCACCCAAAGAGCCCUCUUUAUGACCCCCAGCGGUCCACCAGCCGCCUUCCCGACCUUCCCCGGCUCGCCCAUCUCUGAUCCCUGCGGCACGCCCGAACCAAGUCAUGCCUCAUUUGGCCGAUGGGAGACGGAUCAAGACAGUGAAGAUAUGCAGUCCUCCCGAUGCCCGGGUUCCCCGCCUGCACACACAGUAGCGCCGAACAUGCCUAUCGCGAGCCACGCCUCGCAGCAGGCGCAUGAGGAAGACUACCCAACAAUGCUGGAAAUGCCCGAUGGGAGCACUCGCCAGACGUCCAACUGGCUGCCAGUCGAUUCCAGCGCUGGGUUCACUAUCGGGACCGAUCCAUUUCGGGCCGCCCCGGGCGCCAAUGAUCCCGAGACGCACGACUUGUACCACAUCUCAGGGGCAUUCAUCUCAAUGAAGCCGGUCGGAUAG